AUGACCCGAGGAGCGAUGGCUGUUGUUGGAAUGCUCAUUUUCUUAUGCAGAAUUUGGGCAGUUGAAGCGACUCGUUCAGAGCCGAUACCCUUGUAUAUGGAUGAGAUGCUGAACGCGGGCAGGAAAAUUUACGACAAGCAAUCACCACCUGUUCAAGAUGAAAAUCAACCAACAGUCGUUCGUUUAGCGAUGUACAUAGAGGGAAUGUCCUCGUUUAGGACACAGACAAUGGAUUUCCAACUCGACGUUUACUUUCAACAAUUCUGGAAAGAUCCUCGAUUGGCGCACAACGAGACAAAACGAGUACUCAUCCGUGACAAGACGCUUCUCGGGAAAAUGUGGCAUCCUGAUGUAUACUUUGCGAAUGCUCGGAUAGCUGAAUUCCAUGAGGUCACACAACCGAAUUUCCUUGUUUGGAUCGAGCCGGAUGGGAGUAUAUUGUAUGAUACAAGAGUUAGCAUGAUCGUUUUGUGCACAUUGAACCUCGAGAAAUGGCCACUAGAUGAUCAACGAUGCCAUCUGCGGAUAUUGAGUUAUGCCUAUGAUACGGACCAGCUGCAAAUCGAGUGGAAAGGGGAUGAGCCGAUUACAAGGAAUCCAAAUAUUGCAAUGUCUGAUAUGAGAAUUGUGGAUUUGUAUCCAGGAUUGUGCGAUGGAAAUUAUAGCACUGGCGUUUGGUCGUGUGUAACAGCGGAAUUCUUUGUAAAACGAGAGAUCACUCAUCACUUAAUGCAAUCCUAUGUCCCAACAACGCUCAUCGUCGUCAUUUCUUGGUUUUCCUUUUGGUUAGACGUGGAAGCAGUACCAGCUCGAGUCUCAUUGGCAAUCACGACUCUUUUGACUCUUUCGACUCAAGCAAACGCUGCUCGAUUGGCUCUACCGGAGGUCUCCUACAUGAAGGCAAUCGACGUGUGGAUGGGCGCUUGCAUGAUGUUCGUUUUUGGUGUAAUGAUCGAGUUCACCAUUGUCAACUAUGCUCAACGUCAAGGUCGAAAGUGGCACCGAACUGAUGCCGAUAUUGGUAAGCUUGAAGAAAAAGGAUUAAAGUUGUCCGUUUUAAAAACACGGAACAGCUUGGAAUUCAAAUAUCGAGUA